AGCGCGCGCGUACCCCGCCUCCAGCCCCGGAGCGGCUCGCGGCCGGCUCCGAGCCGCAUCGCUAGGUGCAGGGCAGCGCGGUGGCCUUUCCGCAGCCGAACGACAGCGGCGGCUGUUCCUCUGCAGGCUGCACUUCUUGCUGACAGCCUGGAGUUUCUGAAGGUUUCCUGGAGGAAGUGAGUUUGAGACAAAGAGGCGUGGACAGGCCGCUGGGCCAGCGGGUGCCAUCAUGUCAGAGAAGGUGAACAACUUCCCACCACUGCCCAAAUUCAUCCCGCUUAAGCCAUGUUUCUACCAAGACUUCGAGGCCGACAUCCCUCCUCAGCAUCUCAGCAUGACCAAGCGCCUCUACUACCUCUGGAUGCUGAAUAGCGUCACGCUGGCCGUGAACCUGGUGGGCUGUCUCGCGUGGCUGAUCGGAGGCGGGGGAGCCACCAACUUUGGCCUCGCCUUUCUCUGGCUCAUCCUCUUCACACCCUGCUCCUACGUCUGCUGGUUUCGGCCCAUUUACAAGGCCUUCAAGACUGACAGCUCCUUCAGCUUCAUGGCAUUCUUCUUCACCUUCAUGGCCCAGCUGGUCAUCAGCAUUAUCCAGGCUGUGGGCAUCCCAGGCUGGGGUGUCUGCGGCUGGAUCGCCACCAUUUCCUUCUUCGGAACGAACAUUGGCUCAGCAGUGGUGAUGCUCAUUCCCACCGUCAUGUUCACGGUCAUGGCUGUCUUUUCCUUCGUUGCCCUCAGCAUGGUCCAUAAAUUCUACCGGGGCAGCGGGGGGAGUUUCAGCAAAGCUCAGGAGGAGUGGACCACGGGAGCAUGGAAGAACCCGCACGUGCAGCAGGCAGCCCAGAAUGCAGCCAUGGGGGCAGCACAGGGUGCCAUGAAUCAGCCGCAGACUCAGUAUUCUGCCACUCCCAACUACACAUACUCCAAUGAGAUGUGAACCAGUCAAGCUGACCGGGAGCUGGCUGGGGGCCGGUGGGAUGGGGGCUCAAACCACAGGGUCUGUUGUGGUGACCAAGCAGGGUUCCCCCUUCCCUUUUUCUCCUCCCCCACUUUGUACAAAGAAUCAGAGUUAUAUAUAUAUAUAUGUAUAUGUACCACUCCUCCCCCACACCCUCUGGACUCUGUUCUCAGCACCCUGAGAGCUGGGGGCUGCACUCGGAGCUGUCCCGUGCGGCGGUAGUUGUGUCUGUGUCCCCUUGUGAAUAGUGUGCAGUGGAGGUCUCUUGUUGUUGUGGUGCUAGAUGUACGUUUAGAACUAAACCAGCCCCCCACCCUCCAUCAGGCUGCUCCGUCUGACCUCGGCCCUGAGACCCCUCAUGGGGCAAGGGGAGGCAUAGCAGAGAGCCUGGCCCCCUCCCAAGGUUAUGAGCUGAAACUGUUUCCAGUUUUGGUCUUCCUGGGAAGCAGCAGUAUUUAGCACUAGUGGGGAUGUUGGUGGGGAGGGUGGAGACCUGCAGGGGAUCUCCCCUUGCUCCUUUGGAUCUGGGUCUCUGCCCUCCCCUCCCACCUCCCACAACCUCCUUCUCCAUUUCUCUCUUCCUGCUUCCUGUGGUCUCUCUGCCUGCCCAGGGCUCCUCUCUUCCUCAUGUGGCAUUUCUUCAUCCUCCUCCAGGCUGAAGGUCCUACUUGUAUCUGCUCCUGAGACUGAAGCCCAUUCUCAGAUCCAGGAAGCAGACAGAGGACAGGGGAGUUGAGCCUGAGCCCUGAUGUGGGAGGGCACACAGCCAGAGAUGUGGAGCCCUCCUGGGCACCUGACCCGCAGGGGAUGGACAUGCAAGCCCGGGUCCUCUUUUCCCUGCCUUGCCUUCUCCGUUACUUCCCAGAGCCCCCUCGAGCCCCUCUGCCUGUGUCCCUCCCCACACUCGCAGCUGCUGUGGCCUGAUUCUCCUGCGCUACCCCUACUGUGUGCUAGGUGAUGUCUGCCAUCCACAGGGGCAGAUUGCACUGCCUUCCCUGAAGAGCUGGGUGGUGUCUGGGCAGUUUUCAGGUGUAAAGGUGCAGCUGUGUGCUUGCUAAGUCAUUUCAAUCAUGUCCGACUCUUUGUGACCUCUUGCGACCAGGCUCCUCUGUCCGUGGGAUUCUCCAGGCAAGAAUACUGGAGUGGGUAACCAUUUCCUACUCCAGGGUAUCUUCCUGACUCAGGUUUCCUGCAUUGGCAGGCAGGUUCUUUACCACUAGCGCCACCUGGGAAGCCCAAAGGUGCAGCUGGAACAAAGGAUCUGUGAAUAAUUACUGGUCUCCGAGUGAUGUCUGGUUGGCCCAAGCCCACUGGGGAGGUGCUGGGUGUCUCUGAAUGACCACUGGAUUCCUGGGAGCAAUAGCUGUUCUGUUUGGGUUUGAAGGGAUAGGCUCAGAGGACUGGUCCUGGAGGGGUGAGUCUUCUCCUCAGAGGAGAAGGUAGGCAGGACCAACUGAGAGGGGAUCAUGCAUCCCCCCUGCCCCCACACCCCCAGCUUGCUCUUGGGCAUAGGGCAAUUCUGGGCACUUGAACUCAAGGCCUAGGAAGAAGCACAGGCCCAACCCUGUGUGCAAGCACAAUAGCUGGAAUGUGAUUUCAGGUUAGGUGGGGUGGGAGGGGAGGUUCUCUGGCUCCUGUUUUUUAUCACAUCGAGAUUACUUGCUCCCCUCUGUCUACUGGACUUGAUUCUUAGCCCUUCCUCACCCCCAUUAGAACCCCCUUUUCUUUCCAGGACAGUGAUAGAGGACUGUGGGCCUGUUGUGUCCCAGGCAUUGUGAGAAUGUUGUUGGUAGAGGUCCUGGCUCUCUUGGAGGCCUGAAGAGGAGUGGGUUCUUACCCAUGGAGCAGCUGCCCAUUUUUCACUCGUCGCCCCUACCUCCCACCUGGGUGAUUUGGCUUGAAAAACCAAACUCCACCUGGCCACUCUGGGUGGCUCCAGCUUAGAACCCAGCAUCUGGAUUUCCAAGCACCAUCUGAGCUUUGAGAUCCAGGUACUUCAUUUUCCUACAAGGGGAACCAGGGCCUCUGGGAAGUUAUCUUCCUAAUGGCUGCUUAGGCUUGGGCCAGAGUGUGAUUGACUCUCUCCUCUACCACUUUCUCUUUGGAAAGCAGUUGUCACAGCCCCUAGUGACACAGCCCCGAAAAGAGACCCUAGGUCUAGGUUCUUCCCUUUCCUCUCUCCCCGCCCAGACCUCUGGCUCCCUUUCUCUUCCUCUCUUUGGUAACUCCAGGAGGCCUGUGGUCUAGCUGCCAGCACAGCAUCCUUGACCUGUUGGAUGCUCCCUCCCAUCAGCUUCCUGUCCUACCCGCCUUUGCUCUUUCCUGGCUCAGAUCUGUAUGGCCAUGCCCUGGCUCUGCCCUUUGGAAGACCUGCUAUACCUGCGUGUGGCCCAGCUUGUCGAGGCCCUGGGAUGCUGCAUCUCCAGGCAUCUAUGCACUUUCCUGGGGAGGGAACCGAAUGAGAAGUGGGGGCUGGGCACAGGUUCAUCUCUGCUGGAUGGUCUGGCUUGAGGGUGGGGUGCAGGAAGGCUGAGGUCAGUUCUAAGGUCAGGUCUUUGGCCAGUGACCUGCUUUUGCAUUCUGCUGGUGCCCACUGCCCCUCCUUGUUUCUGGGAAACACAGACCAUUCUCCAACUGGCAGUUGACCUGCCUGAGCCAAUGUGUCUGUCUGUGGUAACUGAGUGAACCAUAAUAAAGGGGAACAUUUGACCCUCUG